AUGGGCUGGGUGUUUGGUUGGGCAGGAGAACUGCUCUCGCUGGACAUUGCCUAUGAAGGAGGAACAACUCAUUGUGUUCUGCCGGUGCAGCCGCCGCAACAACCUGCAGUAGCCAGUCCAGUUGGCCAGAUGGCUGCAGGAAUGGCGCAUGUCGACCUGCAUAUUCCCAAGCUUCUUCUCUUCCUCUAUGACGAUGACGGGAUUGCUGGCGGGAUGCUUCAGUGGCUACAAUGACGACAAUGUUUCUGUGUUGAUAUUAAUCGCUCAUCGCAUCGGACAAGACCAGGCCAAUAAUAGAAGCCAGAAGGCAGAAGAAGUACAGAGUACCCGCAAUAAUAGAA